AUGUGGGUACCUGCCUUCAUGAAACAUCAUUUUUGGGCUGGGAUGAAGACAACUCAACGUGUCGAAAGCAUUAAUAUCUUCUUUGAUGGUUAUGUCAAUAGGAACACACUGUUGCAUGAGUUCCCUGUGAAGUAUAAUAGGGCAAUGACGAAAUGUGUUCGUGAUGAAAACGAUGCCGAUGCCAGGUGUUCCAAGUACGAGAGACGUUUAGUUAGUGGGUUUAAGGUGGAGAAGAUGUUUCAGAAGAUAUACACGGACACAAAAUUUCAAGAAAUUCAAAAGGAAUGUUCUCUUUUGAUGUAUGUUUAUCCCCGUGAAGAGCGCAUUCUGCAAGACAAUGUUGUCCAGUAUCUUUUGGAGGAUCGGGUAUGGAUUAUUCCCGAAGGAUCGAAGCAGGAAAAAAUAACUAACCAACGCAGAUUAUUAUGUGUUACCUUUAAUGCGGAAACAAAGGAGGUUACUUGUGAUUGUGGUAAGUUCGAAACCUUUGGAAUUUUGUGUAAGCACUGCAUCCGUGUGUUAGACCAAAAUCUUGUGUUCGAGAUUCCACAGAAGUACAUACUUGAGAGGUGGAGAAAGUACAUAGUGAGGAGGCACACAAGAGUAAAGGUGUCAUACUAUGACCCUUCUAAUACAAUUGAGGUCAAACGUUUCAACAAAAUGAUGACCAAGUUCGAGUCCAUUUGUGAGGAUGCCUCUACAAUGGAUGAUCCGACUGUUGAUUUGGUAAUGGAGAGGCUUGCACAGCUUUCUACUGAAGUAUUAGAGGCAAGGGAAACAUUACAAAGCCAGAAAAAUCCACCAAAUCUGCCCAAAAAUGACAUACCUCCAUCUGAGAUUAGAUCCAAUAGCGCUCUAGCAGAUUUAACCCCUCCAUCUGUUACUAAAGUUACUGCAAUUGCAACAAAUGCCAACAUUGACUUGAUUAUGGAUCCAAAGACACGUAAAAAACCACGUGGUCGUCCCAAGAGUACCAGGUACAAGUCCUACGCGGAGACUGGAUACAAAAAACCUCAAAUCGAUACACAAGAGCAUGAUCCUGUGGUGAAGCACAAAGUUGCUUUGUGUGAGGAACAGGUUGUAGAAGAAACCCCGAUCGUUCCGGUGAAAAGAAAACGCAAUGGCAAAACUAAGAAAAAGGACCCAAAUAAUGCUAACGUCCAGGAAUGCAACGACAACAGUACUGCAGCAACACCAGCUGACGAUGACCUACAACUGAGGAAUUUUGUGGGUUGGUCUUCCCUGUCGAACGCCUUCUGA